AUGUCCAGCACGAGCACAACCUCGUCGCUGUCUACUCGGACGGAGAGUAGUUCAAUCAGCGCGACUAGCUCGACAACUGGUUCGACGGCCACCAUUACCAUGACGAGUAGCUCCUCGGCCACGAGCACAUCCGCCAGCAGCACCUCCGCCAGUAGCACCUCCGCGAGCUCGACCGCAACCGCCACGUCCUUCAGCAGCACCACCACCAGCAGCGCCACCACGUCGACCAGCAGCUCGGCCAGCUCGUCCACCACGGUCACGACCGGCACCGCAACAACAUCUUCUCAGUCAUCGAGCGCAACGUCUCAGACCGUAAGCAGCACCAUGUCCACGGUGACGCCGUGCGUGGACUAUGUGCCUCAUGCCGACGGGUACGACAGCUACGUGUGGUACAACAGCCAAGGCGAGAACUUCAACUGCAACUUCUACGUUCUGUUCAACCUUUGUAGCACUCCGGAUAACUUCGGCAACUUCGGAAGGACGCAGGUCGAGGCUUGCUGCGAGUGUGGCGGGGGGAUGAACAUCGCGUCCACUUCCACCGCGACGUCCUCGGCCACGGCGACGACCGUCUCGACCACCGCGACCUCCUCGACCACGGCGAGUUCGACCACGGCGAGCUCGACCACGUCGGAGUCCACGGAUACGGCCACGGCCACGACGAGCUCUACGUCGGCCUCCACGGGGAGCUCCACGGCGAGCUCCAUCUCCACGGCGAGCACCACGUCGACUGCGACCUCCGAGACGGCCUCCACAGUGACCGACAUAACCAUCUCGGCGCACCACAACGUUUGCAACGUACACCAACACGUCUUCCAGCGUCACCAGUACAACAUCCACGGUGACGACCAGCACAGAGACGAGCACCUCUUCCGAGACGAACACUUCCGCGUCGCAGACUACCACCACAGAGACCACCUCCCUGACAGUCACUUCCGCUUCGCUGACAGUCACUUCCGUCUCGCUGACAACCAUCACCGCCACUGUUACGACCUUAACGCAGACCACAGAAUGUGUGGACGAGGUUCCUAA